AUGCAUCUGAAUGCGCAGGAGAAAGCUCAAGUGGAGGAGGCCAGAUACAAACUCAGCGACAAAGCAUCACUGGCGGCAUUUCUGCAAGAUGCUGACAUCCGCCUGAUCCGGGCGCCGUACUUGUUCCACCUUCGCAGACACAAUAUUCCUCUUCCUAGACGGCAGGAAGCUGAAGGUGAAGUGUGCGAAAAGGACUCGGUGCAGAUGUCAGCACUGGUAACCCACAGUGAAGUCCGUAAGUGGGCUGCCGGCAGCAAGGAUGCAAUCAUAUGUUCGGUCUCCCAUGCUUGGGAGACCCGCGAACAUCCCGAUCCCUGCUGUUUUCAGCUUGGGCAUCUUGUAGAUACGAUCUCGUUGUAUGAGGCCGCAUACUUUUCUGAGAUCUGGGUGUUCUACGACUACACCUCACUUUACCAGUUCGAGCGGGAAACGGAUGCGCAAAGAGAGAGCUUCGCACGUGCCAUGGGAAACAUGCAUGUCAUGUAUGCUCAUGACUGCAGCUUGACCUUGCGCAUCGAAGGCUUGACUCCACCACAUAUUUGGAAUGCGAUGCUGCAAGAUGAGAGCAAAAAGGUUCCCGUAUAUCACGUGCCCAGUGGUUCGCUCCAAGCCUUACCGCUCAAAGAGUUGAUGCACAAUCGCACACCAUAUCUUCAGCGGGGAUGGUGCUUUGCGGAGGUGCAGUGGUCUGCGGUACGUGGCAUCGCUGCGCAGAACCAACGCAUCUAUGGUUUCGCCGGCAAGAGCAGUUCGGGCAAGGUGCCGUUGACCCCUGAAGCCUUUGCUGAGCAGAUGCGAACAUCGGCCUUCACCCACCGCAAUGAUGCAGAAACGGUUGUUGAACUGCAGAAGAAGGUCUUCUUUGAAAGGGUCACAUGUUGCAAGGAGGUGUUCUUUGAGAACUUGCUAGAAGAGGACCUGGAGAAGUUGGUGGAGUCUUUAGAGCACUACAAGGAUCUCCGGUCCUUCAAGCUUAAAAACUGGGAAGGUACUCCCGAGCUGGUGGCUUCGCUGGUGCAGGUGCUGGGUGCUUCAACUUGCCUCGAAGAGCUUUGCAUCAUGCAUGGCGACAACUAUAGGGGCGGGGAAGAGAAUCAAGGGACUGGAAAUUGCCUGGCGAAGGCCUUGGGUGAGGUGCUCCGGCACAACUGCACCUUGAAGAAGAUCACUCUAGGGUUUAAUGGCAUAGAGACCGAGGGCUGCAAGGCGCUGCUGGCCGGGCUUCGUCGUAACAAAAUCAUCACUGAGAUCAACAUUCGUUAUGAGAUUGAUGCAGAUCCGGAGGUGCUAGUCAAAGUUGAGAAGAUCGUGGCGGCCAACCAAGCCGGAGUGGUGCAGAAUGCCUUCAAGCGCUUCUGGAAUGUCUUCUUCAAGGCCAGAACUGCAGAGACAGAGAAUGACGGGCCCAAGAAGGCAUCAGCAGAGACAGAGAAUGACGGGCCCAAGAAGGCAUCAGCCUUUCCAUCUGACCUUGGCGACGCUGGCGCGCAGGCGCUGGCAGCAAUGCUCCGCGAAAACCGCAGCGUUGAAACGGUUGAUCUCGACUACAAGGGGAUUGGGGAGUUGGGCUGCCAGGCUCUUCUUGAAGCCCUGCGACAGAAUAGCCGUGUGUGGGAGAUGGAAUUGCGGCGAAAUCCUGAGAUUAGCGAUGAGGUCCAAAAAGAGAUCCAAGAGCUUGUGGAAGCGAACAAGGAGGCGCUAAGGCGGCAAAAGGAGGC